AUGAUUUCUCUGUUGAUCUUCGUCUUUCUGAUCUCAUUACUGCUUUUAAUACCUAAAUUAGGGCUGAACAACAAAGUAUUGGCUAGAUAUUUGGACAAAUGGAACCAAUUCGUAAGUUUUGUUUAAAGUUUUUGUUAAAAAUUCUUUAACCUUGUUUUGAAAGUGUUUGUUUUCUAGUUUCAAAUGCUCAUGAAAGCUUUUAUGAUUCAUUUUAAUUUGUUGUUUUCGUCAAAAAGUGCAUAGAAUCAUCUUUAUAUCUAAUACAAUAAAUUAUCAUGGCUUUUGUCUUUGCAUUUUUUGAUCAUAUGAUUAUGCUUAAAUUUAAGUUUAAACUUUACAAUUACAGGAUUCAGAAUUCACAAGAAGAAAACUAAAACUGCUUUGUUGGGAAGCAUGGCCAAACGAUCCAAAUGUACGAUUGAAGUUGAUACUGAGGUUCUUCUUAAUGGUCGCAAACAGAUUUGUCAACUUUUUGAUUCCAUUUUUGGGAAAACAAAUGGGUAAUUUCUACAUUUUUUAAUAAUUAAAUUAUAGUAUGUUUUGGUAAUAAAAAUUACUGUGCUAUAUUUUUAUACAAGAAGAACGUGUAAAAUCCGAUUUAAAAGGGUUUGAGCAUGGACAAUUUUAUGUUUUCAGUUGAUGAACUCACAGGAAAAAACGACAAUUUGUAUCGAAAUGUGUUGUCGAUGUCAUUCGGGUACCUUUGUAUGCAAGGUGGAGGGUGUAAGUUUGUACUUGUUGCGUAAAGAUUCUAAAGUGAAAAUUAGAUGGUUUAAUACCGUACAUAACUCUAAACUUACCCAUCUUCAGAUGUCAACCAAUUCAUCAGCAGCGUAGAACAAGCUGUUGAUACUUCUAUCGAUGACUACAAGCGUCUGACAUUGGAAUCCAAGAUCUUCAACCGUAUCAUCCACUUACCGUACUCCUACUACAUCUCCAAGAAUCCAGACGCAAUCGAAACGGCCCUUACCUGCUGUCCCAAUGUCAUCAUCAGAUUCCCGGACUACUUUAUCUUCUCUUUGUUACCUAUUCUAGUCGACUUGAGUACGGUAUUCUUCUUGUUCUCCGGCUCUAUUGACAUUACCUUUGUCGGUAUGAUGUUGGGAGUGGUACUGCUGGAAAUGGGCUUGACUAAAAUGUUGGAUAAUAUUUUUUUGAAUUUCUACGAUGCAAUCAAUUACGACGACUCGUACCACAAUAGAAGUAUGUAUGUCGGAGUCUUGGAGGAGUUCGAGACUAUCAAGUAUUACUGUAACGAGGAGGUCGAGCUCAACAAUUACAUUGGAAAGAUCAAGAGGUAGGGGCUUUAUAAUGAUGUAAAUGAUUAUAUUAAUAUUGGCCAAGGUGUACCGAGUAAUGUAUCCAUGUAAGUUUAGUGAACAAAAGAGAAACAAUCAGAGCUCUAGAAUCUCACGAUGCCAAAACUUCAUCAGAACCAUCAUCAACGACUCGAUCAUGAUUCUUGGCAGCUUCCUGAUGGCCUACCAGAAGACCAUCACCAACUCUGGACUAUCGACCGGUGACUACAUCAUGUUCUCUCACUAUCUAAACAAGUUCCAGGAACCCCUCUACACCGUGUAUGGGAUUCACAAAACAAUAAAAGGAUUCUUCGAGGAUAUUCAGCCUUUGUACAAUCUCAUGGAGGCACCAACAGAACUACCUACUGGGAACACAAUUGACGUCGAGAUCACUGGAGGUAUCAAGGUCGAGAACGUCAGCUACUGGUACGACAAGGAUUCUAAAGUCUUGGACAACGUAUCCUUCGAGGUUCCAGAAGGUCAGACGUUAGCUUUGGUAGGGCCUUCCGGAAGUGGAAAGUCCACGCUGAUUAGACUUCUCUACAAACUUCUUGACCCGAAAACAGGUUGCAUCAAGAUCAAUGAUACCGACAUCAGAGAUGUUAACGUCUACAAGUAUCGUAGAGAGUUCAGUAUUGUGCCACAAGAAUGUGUUCUACUGAAUACCACGGUAAAACACAAUAUUCACUACGGUAAGCUGUCGGCUUCAGAUGAAGAGAUCGAGAAGGCUUGUAAAGUCGCCAGGAUUCAGAAGUUGUUUAAGAGAGAAGAGAACGAGAAGCGAAAGGCCAAGGAAGAAGAGGAGAGAGCAAAGAAGGAAGGCUACAACUACUACGGUCCUAAUGGUGAGGAAGAAUACAACUACCUCCAGAUGAGCGGCGGAGAGAAGCAGAGAGUAGGUAUAGCCAGAGCUGUCCUCAAAGGCCCCAAGUAUCUUCUGAUGGACGAAGCCACAUCGUCGCUGGAUUCCUUAACCGAACGACAGAUCCAAAUCGCUUUGAUGGAUAUGGCCAAGGAUAAGACUUGUGUUAUUGUAGCUCACAGACUGUCUACCAUCGCGCACGCUGACAAGAUCAUCGUGCUGAAGGAGGGGAAGAUCGUCGAAGAUGGAAAGUAAGUAGUUACGAGUCUUGUUUUACUGAUAAUAUAAUCAGUCUAGUUUUAUGGAGUAGACUGAUCAAUUCAUAAUGAUGAGGUGAAUAGCAUGCCUAAUUCUACCUUUUUCAGCCACACAUCCCUUCUGGAAAAGGGUGGUUUAUAUGCCCAAAUGUGGAAACUGCAGCUUGGAGGUGAGCUAGACAUGGAGCAAUGGGACUAG